GAUAAGGAACCUCUUCGGAUUAUACCACUGAAAGAAGUUCAUAAAGUCCAAGAAUGUAAAUAAAGUGAUAUUAUGAUGAGAGACAAUCUUUUUGAAAUUGUAACAAGUUCUCGAACAUUUUAUGUACAAGCCGAUAGCCCAGAAGACAUGCAUAGUUGGAUUAAAGCAAUUUCUGGUGCAAUAGUAGCCCAGCGGGGACCUGGAAGAUCAGCAGCUUCCAUAUGUUUUUAA